AGAGGCUGCGCGGCCGGCGCUGUGGGCGGGUCCGGGAGGGGUUGCUGGGUCUGAGGGCCCGGGAGAGGUGGCUGAGGCCGCUUGAUUCACCUUCCCUUCGCUCUCCUUUUCGCCACCUGCCUCCCGGAGCAACAUGGGGCCCUCGCCACGCACCCUGGAGCUCUUCUAUGAUGUGCUAUCCCCCUACUCCUGGCUGGGCUUCGAGGUCCUGUGCAGGUAUCGGAACAUCUGGAACAUCAAGCUGCAGUUUCGGCCCACCUAUAUUGCAGGGAUCAUGAAAGACAGCGGAAACAAGCCACCAGCUAUGGUUCCUCGAAAAGCUCAGUACAUGGCAAAUGACCUUAGACGCCUGAAAGAGCAUUUCCAGGUCCCCCUCAGAUUUCCCAAGGAUUUCAACUCUGCGGUUCUCGAAAAAGGAAGUUUGUCUGCCAUGCGGUUCCUCACUGCCGUGAACAUGGAACACCCCGAGAGCCUGGAAAAGGUGUCCAGGGAGCUAUGGAUGCGCAUCUGGUCACAGAAUAACAAUACUGCCUUUCCUCAUUGUCGUUUCCCUGUCUUUGCUACUCCCUUUCUGCUGAGCGUCCUCCUUUCCCAGGAUGAAGACAUCGUGGAGUCCCAGAGCAUCCUGGCUGCAGCGCAGAAGGCUGGUUUAUCUGCAGAGAAAGCCCAAGGCCUUCUGGAGAAGAGCUCCACAGCACAAGUGAAGAAUCAGCUCAAGGAGACCACUGAGGCAGCCUGCAAAUAUGGGGCCUUCGGGUUGCCCAUCACUGUGGUCCACGUGGAUCGCCAGACGCACAUGUUAUUUGGCUCUGACCGAAUGGAAUUGCUAGCGUACUUGCUAGGAGAGAAGUGGAUGGGCCCUGUGCCUCCCACCCUGAAUGCCAAACUUUAGAACUCCCUGGCAGAAGCAAGCUGUUGAUGUAAACAAGCGGCCAUCUGCUCCAGGUCCCCAAAUUUAUCAACUUGAUAGGGGGUGUCCCUUGUGGCCCUGGGGGAUGUCUCCCUCCUGUCUGUCUCCAGGGAUGCCCUGGAAGGGGUCCGUCAUUAGCUGUGGUUGCCUUUACAUCUGAGCUCCACAAGUGCCUUAUGGAGAACCCCAAAUUCUUCUUUUCCACAAAAUAAACCUAAUGCCAUUAGCCAAAACA